GCUCUGCAUGCCCCGCUGAUGGCGGCGGGCCGCCGCUCACCGCCGGGGCCGUGCUGCCCGCCGCGGGUGGCGGUGCCCAGCGUGCACCAGAGCCUCCCCGAGAUGGACUUCGAGCGGGGGAUCUGGGCAGCGGCGCGGGACGGGGACGAAGCUCGGGUGCUGCAACUGCUGGAACGGCGCGGGGAGCCCAGCCAGCCCGACCUGGCGGGGUACACCGCCCUGCACUACGCCAGCCGCAACGGGCACCUGGGUGUCUGCCGCCUGCUGCUGCAGCGCGGCGCUCAUUGCAACGCCCGCACGCCCGGCGGGGCCACCGCCCUGCACCGCGCCAGCUACUGCGGGCACGUGGCCGUGGCGCGGCUCCUGCUGGCGCACGGUGCUGACCCCGCCGCCGCCGACGGGGACGGCCGCACCAGCCUGCAUAAGGCGGCGGAGCGCGGUCACCGGGAGCUCUGCGUCCUCCUGCUGCAGAACAGCCCUGCCUUGCUGGCUGCUCGUGAUGCUAAAGGACGGCGGCCCCGCGACACGGCCGACCCCGCGGUGUGGGAUCUGCUGGAGGGAUGAAGGGAGGCAGCGAGGACGCCGCGGAUGGAGGCAGAGGGAAACGGCCCCGCUGGGAAAAAAAAAGCAAAGCUCUGGGCCCGAA